CCUUCUGCACCCGCGCUUCACUUCUUCCGGGCGACCCACCAAUGAGGGAGUCAGCAACGAAGACUCUUGACAGACCAAACCAAAGCACCUCAUUCUUUGCCUGGAACUAUUUUAUACUUCCGUGGGGACUUGCAAGGAACAAGUGACAGAGUCAGACGGAUCAGAGGAAAAGUCUUCAGGGCCUGAGGAGAGUUUGUAAAACUUGCCCCAAAUCCUAGAAGUGUGUCUGCCUGCUGAGCCGCGAUGGGCGACUGGAGCUUCCUGGGAGAGUUCCUGGAGGAGGUGCACAAGCACUCCACGGUGAUCGGCAAGGUCUGGCUCACGGUGCUCUUCAUCUUCCGCAUGCUGGUGCUGGGCACGGCCGCCGAGUCCUCCUGGGGCGACGAGCAGGCGGACUUCCAGUGUGACACCAUGCAGCCGGGCUGCGAGAACGUCUGCUACGACCAGGCCUUCCCCAUCUCGCACAUCCGCUACUGGGUGCUGCAGAUCAUCUUCGUGUCCACGCCGUCGCUGGUGUACAUGGGCCACGCCAUGCACACGGUGCGCAUGCAGGAGAAGCGCCGGCUGCGCGAGGCCGCCCACGGGGCCGGGGAGGGCCAGGGCGCCGGCUCCUACGGCUUCCCGGCGGCCGAGAAGACGGAGCUGUCCUGCUGGGAGGAAGCCAACGGCAAGAUCGUCCUCCGGGGCACCCUGCUCAACACCUACGUGUGCAGCAUCCUGAUCCGCACCACCAUGGAGGUGGCCUUCAUCGUGGGCCAGUACCUGCUCUACGGCAUCUUCCUGGACACGCUGCACGUCUGCCGCCGCAGCCCCUGCCCCCACCCCGUCAACUGCUACGUGUCGCGGCCCACGGAGAAGAACGUCUUCAUCGUCUUCAUGCUGGCGGUGGCCGGCUCAUUUUCUUGGAAAUACCAUCUAGAUAGUUUCUGGUUCAGUUGUUUGAGAACCCAGAUAUCUCAGAGCUUCCUAGUAAGAGGUUUUUCAUUUUAAGCCCGCUACGCUCCGGGCUGCACGCCGCCCCCCGACUUCAGCCAGUGCCUGGAGAACGGUCCUGGGGGCAAGUUCUUCAACCCCUUCAGCAACAGGAUGGCCUCCCAGCAAAACACGGACAACCUGGCCACCGAGCAGGUGCGUGGCCAGGAGCAGAUGCCCGGGGAGGGUUUCAUUCACAUCCGCUAUGCCCAGAAGCCGGAGGCGCCCAAUGGCGUCUCCCCAGGGCACGGCCUCCCCCAGGGCUACCAGAGGGACAAGCGCCGACUGAGCAAGGCCAGCAGCAAGGCCAGGUCCGAUGACCUCUCGGUGUGACCCUCCGGUGGGGGGGACUAGGACCAAGUGGGGACCAAGGAGGCUCAGAGAAGGAAGAGGGGUUCCUGCCGACCCCACCUGUCUUGUUCUCAGCACCGCUCUGCUCCUUUGGGGCCGGUGCUGUCAGAGAUCUAGCCAGGCCUCUGUCUCUCCCCCACCCUCCACCCAGUGCACUCAGUGAAGACUCAGGUUACUCGCUCAACAGGGGAGAGCAAGGGAAGGGACCGAGGCAAAAUCUGACCUGGGAGGGGUAGCCAGCGAGAGAGGAUGAUUCUCUCCACACCAGCCACGUGCCAGAGGGUUCUCUGAGUCUCUAUGGCGCCUGUGAACUGAGUACCCUUCCUCCUGCAAGGAAGACCCCAGAGCUCCUAGCAGUGAAGAGCAUGAGCCAAGGAACUUGCAUGAGGUGUGCUCUGGAACCUGUGGUGUCCACGGGCCAAGUCUUGCCGGCAGCGAGGUUGCCUUGGACCGCCCUUGGCUGCCGCUGCCUCUACCCAGUCUUACCUAAAAAGAGGUCCUUGGAGCUUGACCAGCAGCCUCGACUUUACAAGUGCCUUGGUAUGCACGCCUGGCAAAGGUCCCGCCUUUACUCUGCCAGGGGGUGGGCGCACGCAGGCCAGGGGUGCACGCAGGCCAGGGGCCGUGCGUUUCCCUUGGGAGCCACUGUGCGCAGACUCCCUGGAAUUCCUGCCACCACCUGCCCUGUAGCUCUUCACAGUUCAGCCCGAUGACAGACACCAUGCCUUCCUGGCCUCCCGUGGCUGUUCACCCAGUGCUCCCCGACAGGCCUUACCAGCCAGGAGACCCAAGGAGCCAUCGUCCUCUCUCAGAUCCUGACCAGAUUGCCAGCCACGGAGGCCAGUGGAAUUUCCCCAGGUCUUAUUAAAACAAAUAGAACAUUGUGCUUCUCAGAGUCCCCUUGGGGGAAAAAAGCAAGUCUGCUGUGAAGAUGAAAAUUAAAAGAGGAGAGAAAAUACUGGAAAAUGAUUUUUUCUUCCUAUUUAUUUCCCUCGCUGACUGCCAAUUAGAGUGCCGAGAAGAGGUGUGAUGACAGCGAUGGAAGCCCCCAGCUCCUUCUCCCCGAGGGCAUAGACAUGUAGGGGAAACACCAGCUCUCCUGGCAGGGUUCUCCUGUAGGAGCACAGAGAUCCCUGUGGCCCCCUGGUGCUCCUAAUGAAGCUGCCGGGAGGGGACUUCAGAAAAGCCCGCUUUGCCCAGGGACUGGGCUGGACUCUCCAUUCAGCCCAUGCAUAAUGGGUUGUCAUUUUGGAUGAACGUAAAGGAUGCUCAGAAUUGGAUUCUGAGAUGUAUAGGGAAAUGGUUACUUUUAAAAAUGCCUGUGUGUGGGAGGGAGUCGGGGGGGUGGUGGCACGCGCACACACACGCGCCUGCUGAUGGGGUGGGGGAAGGGAAAAGGAGGUCUGAAAUAAGGAAAGGAAACCUUGGAGAACCUUGUGUCUUUCUGCCUGCCCCUCUGAUGCCUCACAGAGGGGCUGAGCCUCACUGUUUUCAGGAUUGUCAGCCCAAAGGGAUGGGCGUAAGAGGUGGGACAGAGGAGGGUGUGGGCUCAGAGGGAAGCUGAGCCUCUAGCCCACAUGCCCAUCUCCUGGCCCCUCUGCUGGCAUUUGGAGGUGACUGGUGGGUGGAAAGAAGGCUGAUGGUAGAGGGAACUGACUGGGACACCCUCUUAUCUGUUGUCUGGCGCUGGCCUUAAGACUCUGCAAAACAAAGCACUAAAGACUCCCUCUCCUUCCAUCUCUGAGAUCUUUGUUUUGUGAAAUGAGUGUUCUUGAAUUAGAAACGCCGUGAGACCAGUUUUUGAUGAUGGGCCUUUCCGGAAGGAAAAAGAAAAUAUUAUGUGUAGUUUGUCUUA